AUGAAGCGCCUUGCUUUGCUUUUGAACUUGAACUUGAAGGCGGAGCAUUCCCUGAGCAAGAGCAAUCCAAGAAUAUUGUUUGUCAUGGCUGAUCGAAGGAGGGAACCGAGUGUUCCAGAACCGAGAGGGUCUGGACGGAAGCGAAGAAAAACGCAAGAGGAGGGGCUUGAGGGAGACGCACCCGAUGACCGGCCAUCAACAUCCGGUCAGGCCGCCACCUUAGACCCUGAGCUCUUUCUCCCCACUACCCUGCCCUUCAAGCUCGUCCAAACUGCGGAACGCUACCCCAAGGGCGCCUUGCGGCACUGGAAGCGCCUGAAGCAGAUUGUUCAAGGGGAGAACUACCACCUCCUACCAGCCGACGAACCGACUUACGCCAACAUAGAAGCGCCGCCGUCGAUGUAUCCAGCCAAAAAGUACUGUGACAUGACAGGCUUCGAGGCGAAGUAUACGGACCCACGGACGAAAAUGCGCUAUGCAGACGCAGAGGCCUUUAAGUUUGUUCGAGCAUUGCCAGACGCGACAGUGCAGGCCUACCUGACCCUUCGAAACGCAGCAGUCGUCCUGAGAUAGAUCUCGUCAGCUCAAGGCUCUGUUGAGAUUGCCUGGUCGAGUCGAAUCUUGGACUGGGGACUUCCCUACUUACAGCCGAACGACCGGUCAAACGGCCUACUAAGUGCAGCAUUUGAUACAGACGGUUCAAUCCAAGUUUAGCAGUAGAUUUGUAAAGCGACAGAGCUAUUGCGUUCAGUACAUGAUUUAGAAACUAGUUGGACAUCAUACUGAGCCUCGUGAAGUCAUGCGAUCAGCUGUAAUGAACCAUUUUCUCUUGAGCUUUGAAAGUGUACGUUGGCGCCUGCAAUCAUGUCAAUUCUAG